CCACUGUGUGCUCAGAAAUAGUGUGGUGAGGGGUCGGGGAGAGAGAGGCCAGACGUACAGUAGGCGGACAGUGUUAACACAAAGGCAGACCUACUGUAACUACGGUGGAGAGGAGCGAAACACGGGCGAGCAGAGGAGAGAAAGAGAGAGAUCACGUUUCAGACACAGAGGGAGGAAGAAGGGACGACAUCAUUCAGACUAGCGGUGAAAGAAGAUGAACUCCACUGAGAUUACUUGCCCAGUGGGAGAAUAUAAAGACAAGGAGAAAUGCUGCAAAAAGUGUCCUAAAGACAAUCACCAGAUCACAGUAUCCAAGUGUUCAGCAGACAGAAACACGCAGUGCGAGUGUGUGUCAGGGUAUUACUGUGAAGACAUCAGCUGUGAACACUGUCUGCCUUGGAUGAUCUGUAAACCUGGAGAGGGGGCGAGGAUACCAGCCACCCCCAGAAACAAUGCCUUCUGUGACUCCUGUCCUCCCGGAACCUACAACAACGUGACUGACUCACACACCCCCUGCCUUCAGCACACCAAUUGCACCGUUCUGGGGAAAGUGUUGAAAACAGCAGGAACGAACAUUUCAGAUUCCAUCUGUGGUCCAUACCAAUGCCCCAACAUCAGUCAUAUCGCCUGUAUUAACCCUCUCUGCACUGUCUCAGGCAGUGGUUGGCUAUUACCUGCAAGCCUGUGGGCUGGAUUUACUUUGUUCGUUGUGGUUUUCUUCGUCUUCCUGGGUUUUCGCUCCUGGAGGAACAAACGGCAAACAAUCUUCACAGUGGCCAAGUCUGCGGACCCCGAAGUCAAGCUCAUCAUCCCUCCUGUCAUCCCACUGUCCGAUCAGAAGCUUCCAGUCCUCUCUCCCGACAGCCCCAAGACACUGAUCUGCGAACCUGAACUUACAGGUCUCUGUCCUGGCAUACCAAGUGAGACAUGCGACCCCUCUGUGAUCUUUGACAUUGAAGAGGAUGGCGUGAUGCUGCCAACACUGACAGCCACUGAGAGGUUUGACCAAUCAGCCAUUAAGGACACUGGGACAGGAAAUGGCUUCAGUGCACCCAUGUACUACUCAGAGCCCCAGGAAGACGAAUGGACUGAUUUGUACUGAAGGACACUGAUAAUUCUGCUCUGUGCACUGAUACUGCGUUUGGGCAGCUACAGUCCCCAGAAAGGGUUAGCACAUGGCUCAGCCGUCUCCCUUUCCCUGACUGUUAAAGACCAAUAGUUCUAGCGUUUUCCAGACAAUGUCCCGCUUCUCGAAAUGGAUGUAAAGGAUAUUUCUUUCCACCCCCUCUUUCAAAUGCUGCCAAAUCCAUUUGGACCACAAAUGCCUUGCAGUGAUGAAUCACUCACUAACCCCACGAAAGUCCCAGUGCGUCAUCGAGCAUCGGAAUGAGGCCAAGGGACAACCUAGCGCAUUUGGAAAAAAAUAUAUAUGGGAGCCAACUAUUACAUCAGAAGAUCUGUGAAUUUUGAAUUAAUCGACGUAUCUUAUUAUUCAGUUUUGUCUCUUUUAAAGUUUGUUCACAUUUUCAAUGCUGUAGAAUUAUUUAUUAUAAUCUAUUUUUGUACAUUUGGGUUCACAUUUGUUCUAUAAGAACUGUGUACCAUGUGAUGGACCUGGACUUGGUUUUUUAUAUGUAUAUACACUGACCAGCUUGUUGACAAAAGCAAUAGUUUGGGAAAAGGGAAUCCUGAAAACAAAAAUCAAUAAACGAUAAUUAACAAAACAAGAAGUGAUGCGCGGGGCCCGUUCAGGCUCAAGGUGUCUGUCGGAGCUGGGGGGCCCUUAGUGGUCCCCAGCUGAGUCGCCAUGUUGCCAGCUUCAGUCCCAUUCUGCUAGCAGGCUGAGGCAAACUGGUUUGUUUUCAAAUCAAAAGGAA